AGUGCUGGAUCAACAUGGCGGCGGCAUGGAAGCUCCUCGGCACGGGGAUGGGGGUUCUGCAGUCGUCCUUGCCGGUUUGUAGACAGGCCUACAGAAGUUCACUUGGAGUGGUGGAGCAGGUCAGGAGCUACUAUGUUGACUGGAGGAUGGUACGGGAUGUGAAAAGAAGACAAAUGGCAUUUGAAUAUGCAGAUACGAGACUGCGCAUCAAUGCCAUUAGGAAGAAUACUAUUUUGCCAAAAGAGCUACAGGAGAUAGCUGAUAAAGAAAUAGCCGCACUUCCUCGAGACAGUUGUCCCGUGCGCAUUCGCAACAGGUGUGUGAUGACAUCGCGUCCACGUGGAGUGAAGCGCAGGUGGCGUCUUAGCCGAAUUGUUUUUCGGCAUUUAGCGGACCACAACCAAAUGUCUGGAAUACAGAGAUCAAUGUGGUGAUCAACCAUGGGAUUGUAUAAGUGGUCAUUCGUACAACCUUGUAAUUCGGUGUAUGAGCUUUACAAUCUAUGAAUGAACUUGAGCUUGUUAUGCCAUUAGAAGAGAAGAUAUUCUUACGAAAGUGCAAAGACACAGAGCUGGAAAACAA